AUGAUGUCAUCUUUUAUGGUAUCACCAUCAACACCAACAGGUUACAAUCGUCGUAUCGAACUUGCUGGUAUGGAUCUCUGGCUUCCAAACCGUAUCGAUAAUGUUUAUGUUUAUCCCGGUGAGAUAAAUAUCGAUCAACUCAGACAAGCAUUGAGUCAAACGCUCUCCCUUUGGCCGUUUGUUGCUGGUCGUAUUCUAUUGGAAAAUGAUGAAAAUUAUAUCAUUGAAAUGUGUGAUAAUGCAAUUCCAAUCACAGUUGUCGUUAAUCAUGAUCUAAAAGAAUGGCCUUUCAAUGAAAAUGUAAUUAUCGAAGCGGAUGAUCAACUAUUUCCAACAUUUCUUGACGAAGUUCCCAUUUCGAAAUUAUUACCAAAUUCAUUAAAUGAACCACUUGUUCGUUUGAAAUUAACUCAAAUUGUUCAGAGUAAUGAAUGGGUGUUAGGUAUCAGUUGGUACCAUGCAUUAGGUGAUGCGGAUGCAUGUUUACAUUUUUCACAUGCAUUGUCACAAAUGUAUCAACGAAUGGAGUCAACGUUACCAAAGCCUAUAUUUGAACGACGUUUAUGGAGAGAACACGAAGUUCAACCACCGAUUUUACCAAUACCAAAACAAUUUAUCGAUACAAAACCGAAAGAAGAAUAUGCAGAAAUUGGUCAUGAUUUUAACGCAAAUUAUGCACCACUGAAUCUGCAUUUUUCUGGCGAACAGCUUGCUCGAUUACAAACACUAGCCGGCGGAAACAACGUUAGUAGAAAUGAUGCAUUGACAGCAUAUAUUGCUUUAACAUUGAAUAGAAAUUGCUAUGCAAGUGACGACGAACGUCGGAUUUUACAUACGGUUACUGUGGUGAAUUGUCGUGGUAUUGAUGAUUCGAUUGCUCCACGAGGAGAAGUAUCCAAUGCUUUAUUUAUGCUAUUAUCUGAUGAUUUCGAUCAGCCAGAUUCAUUAUCAAAUAUUGCACAGACUAUACGUCGAUCACUUGUGAAACUUCGUUCUUUGAAAACACUUGGAAACGAAAUAGCAACGAUUGAUAGAAAAAUGAGAGAGAACACAAAGAUGGAUAGAACUCCUAAUCCGAAACGAAUUCCUCAUGAACUUGCUGUUAAUUCAAACUAUCGAUACGAUUGGGCAGGUUUAGUCAAUUUUGGUUACAAAGAUCAAUGUCGAUUUUAUACACCUGGGUCCAUUCCUUUGUAUCUACGCAUAUUUCGAUUGAAUCCAAAGAAGUUUGAAAACGCAUGGAUACCAAGGGAUCGACACGGAGCAGAAGUUUCAUUUCGACUAGAGAAAAAUUUUAUCGAACCUUUUCUCAACGCUUGGAAACGCGAUGUCAGUGAAAAUUUUCAAAAUAUAUCGAAAUAA